AUGCUUGAAAAAGAGGAUGAUGAUUGCGAGGAAGGUGAUGAAGGCGGAAUUCCAGAGAGCGAAGGAGUUAGGGAACGAGAGACAGGCCAGGAAACGGAAGGAGGAGUUGGGAAAGAAAUGAAGGGCGUCCAAGUUUCUAAAGAGCAGAAAGCGAGAAGGAAGGAGUUGAAGGGGGCUAGCAUGGUCGAAAGAGAGGAGGAAAAAAUAACAUCAUAUGACAAAACUGGUGAGGAAGACAGUGAAGGAGGGAUAGGGGAUGGCAAUGCAAAGGAAGUUCACGUAAGGCCUAUUUUGAAUCAAAUUCGCAGGUGUCAGCCGAGGAACAGUGGCCGUAGUGAUGUAGGAGCCGUUGGUGAGUACACCGAGGCCGAAAAACUACCUGAGAAAGUUACGGAGAACGUAGAGGACGAAGGUGAUGAAGCAAUGAAGACCCCUGAAAAAGAAAAAGCUGAUGUUGACUGA